AUGCCAUUAACCCUACGGGCACGGCGGCUAGGGUUUCGUCUCCUCCUCCCGCGUCCCCGCCCCCGCGUGACGAUGCCGUCGUGGUGGAAGCGCUCCAAGUCCGCGUUCCACCGCUCCUCCGUCACCCCGUCCUCCUCCACGCCGGCCUCCCCCGCGCGGGCCUCCACCUCGCGCGCGCAGCCCGGCGGGAGGCGCGGCGCCGGCGCGGCCGAGAGGGAGAGGGACCUCCUCGUCGCGCCGCGCAAGCUCACGCGCCAGCGGAAGCUGCGCCACGUCGACGCCAUCGACGUCGCGCUCGGGGACCUCGUCGUCACGGAGGCCGGCCGCAGGGCCUCGUCCUCGCCCCCGCUGCAGAGGGGCCGCGCGUCCGAGGCCGUCGGGAUCCCGGGCUCCACCCCGGUCUCCAGGUCCUCCAGCUCCAGGGAGGCCGUCGCGCAGCCGUCCAGGUCCGCAUCCUCGCCCGUGCUACACCCGCUGCCGCUGCCGUCGCCGAGGCCCGCGGACCUGGAGCCGCAGGACCCGCCCGGGGUCGCCGAUGGGUGGGGCGACAGGACGACGACGUACGCGCCCAGGUUCACAAGCCAGACUGUACAAAAGUUUCCUGAGCAAAAUGAAUUACUACCAAAUGGAACAAAGCGGGCUACCUUUAGUCACCACAGGAAUGCAUUCCGUGAGAAAUUCCAGGAUAAGAGUUCAGCAGAAAUGAACUUCCGGUUGAACAUUCCAGCUAAAAGUGCUCCAAGCAGUGGCUUUUCAAGUCCUGUGUGCAGCCCUCGACGAUUGAGCUAUGCUGACUUCUCAUCUACUGUGGCACCUCCUCAAGAACACCUAGCAUGGUCUGCUCCAUCUAUCCGAUAUACAGAUUUUAUUGGAGCGUCAUCCCCUCGAACUUCACCUGAAAAAUAUGCAGGGUUUCCAGACCCAUAUUCUUACUCUAGUGCAUUGAGAAGUCCUAUUCUUAUGCCAAGGAAUACCAGUGCCCCUCCAUCACCUAUGCACUCUAAAUUGUACCCAGAUAACAAUAUUUCACGCAUUGAGGGAAAUGGGGGUGUCAGCUUUCACCCAUUACCACUCCCUCCUGGCGCUUUAAGUCCAAUGCAAACAGGUUUCAGCAAUCAGCCUGCUCCAAAAGUUGAAAUGCCCUCAGUGGCUGGUCAGUGGCAAAAAGGAAGACUUCUAGGUAGUGGCACAUUUGGCUGUGUGUAUGAAGCUACCAACAGGAAUACUGGAGCUCUCUGUGCCAUGAAAGAAGUCAACAUAAUUCCUGAUGAUGCUAAAUCUGCUGAGUCCUUGAAGCAGCUAGAGCAGGAAAUAAAGUUCUUAAGCCAAUUUAAGCAUGAAAACAUAGUGCAGUAUUAUGGCAGUGACAUUAUUGAAGAUCGUUUUUACAUUUACCUGGAAUACGUUCAUCCGGGUUCAAUUAAUAAGUAUGUCAAACAACAUUAUGGAGCAAUGACUGAAUCGGUUGUUCGCAACUUCACCCGCCAUAUUCUAAGGGGUCUAGCAUUUUUGCAUGGCCAAAAGAUUAUGCAUAGGGAUAUCAAAGGAGCAAAUCUACUAGUUGAUGUUCAAGGUGUAGUCAAAUUGGCUGACUUUGGAAUGGCCAAACAUUUAAGUACUGCAGCCCCAAAUCUUUCACUGAAGGGAACUCCAUAUUGGAUGGCCCCAGAGAUGGUUCAGGCUACACUAAUGAAAGAUGUAGGCUAUGAUCUUGCUGUUGAUAUAUGGAGUCUUGGCUGCACCAUCAUAGAAAUGUUCGAUGGAAAGCCUCCUUGGAGUGAUCUUGAAGGGCCUGCCGCGAUGUUUAAGGUUUUACAUAAGGACCCACCAAUUCCAGAAAAUUUGUCCCAUGAGGGCAAAGAAUUUCUACAAUGCUGUUUCAAGAGGAAUCCAGCAGAGAGGCCAACUGCAAGUGAGCUGUUGGACCAUCCAUUCAUCCGCAAUUCAAGUCACUACAACAAACAUGGCUCCAUACAUUCAUUUGCAGGGAUUAAAGUCAAUGAUAUUGCUUACAGUUCAAAAGACAACAAACCAACCUCGAAGAGUGACUCAAGCAUGAAAGGAAAAAGUACCAAUAUGGAACCAAGCAGAGCUGCUUGGUCUUCUGAAUCAACUUUUCGAUUGGUUCCACUAACAAUCCAGGAAGCUACUCAAAAUUUGUCUCCUCGGCCUUUAGGUUUCAGCAACAAUCUCGGUUCAACAACAAAUUUCGUGAACACCAUGCAUUUUCCAAGUGCAAAUCCUCAGCCUAGUCCGUUGCCCAGGCCUAACGGGAAGGAAGUUUUGUUCUAAUUGUGGAUGCUGCUGCAUGCUAUGUAGAUUGCCAUUGCUACAGAUGCAGUUCCAGUCUAAACAUGCCUUGCAGAAUCCUCCGCAGUUAGGGUGUUGACUGCUCAAAGAGCACUGCAAUCCAGAAGAACUCGGCUAACAGCCUGGUGAAGGAGCUUCUCUGGCGUUUCACCUGCAGGGUGCAACUUCUUACCUUGACUAACCAUUUUUGAGCAAGGAUACGUAACCAUAUGAAUUUGUACAGUUUACCGGGGUUUUGUACGAGAGAUCCGUGAAAGCACGGAUGUAAAUUAUAUCUAGAAAUUGUUGUUGGCAUUUUUUUUGUGUAACAUAGAACUAGGACUAGCUGUAUAUAAAACUGUAAGCUCCCCAUUUUUCGGUCAAUAGGAAUUAGGUGCAGCUCUGUUGCUUUUGCCGCUCCCCUGUAAUCAUAUUUUCGCUGCAUCAUUGAUUAUUCAUUUCUGGCCAAAAUAUCAGCGGGACACAGGCUUAUCUGUGUACAGAA